GUUCACUUGCCUGGCGAUCCUGCAGCGGUUCCUCCUCCCCUAUGUAUUAAACUGUGCAGCUACAAGAGGCGGGGAGAUGCGCAUCAGCAACCCGCUACCCGACGAAGCUCUCUCCACUUCAGGACGGAAGAGACUAAAUGUGGAUGCUUUCAGGUGCAAACUUGCAUGAACUAAAAAAUAGUCCAUGCCGGGGUUUGGGGAUGUUAGAUACCUGCACGUAGCCUUUUCUAGGGCUAUAUUUCACUGUUGGACUAAGGAGUCGGUGGCGUCCUCAGCUGUUGCAUUUGGGGGCUGAAGUGUUCGGAGCAACAGAGAGAGGUCAGGCAACUAUGCGAUUUGAUUUCGAACGGUAAUUCCGGAUCAGUUUGCCACGGAUGCGAGCGGAGGUUGACUGUCAGUUCCCUCUGAGUUGUAUUUCAAGCCUGUUGUCGCCGGUAUUCCCGACAACGGAACCGUAGCGAUGGAGAAAGCUAGUCAGCCACAGCUGUCACUGUCCAUAACAAAGAGUGAAAGUCCAGCGGAAGACAUCUCAAAUAUACCAGAGGAGGACCUUCUCAAGUGGACCAAAGAGGAUUUGGUGCGGCGGCUCCGGCGGUCUGAAGCCGAUAAAAUGAGCGUGAUACUGGACCACAGCAAUCUGAUCCGCGAGGUCAAUCGCAGCCUCCAGCUGCACUUGAACGAGAUCAGAGGGCUGAAGGUGAGGAAUGGGCGCGCGCGGCAUUUCUAAAAAUAUGAUAUCAUAGUUAACAGUGGGGAGGCCGCGCUGGCGCACCUGAGCGCGCACAGCAUGAGAGGGGGUUCGGGGUUGAGCUGGAGCUUUCUUUAAAGUGCGCCGCUGUCCACAUGAUGAAAUGGAAGCAGGAUGUAUAUAAGUUAAUUUCAUUUUACAAGAUCUUUCUCCCUCUCCGUGUGCAUGUAUCUAUGAGCGUGCAUAUGCCUACUUUUGUGUGCAUCCAUCAUCUUCCAUCAGAAAGCAUAGUGAGAAGGCAUCUGGGCUGAAUGUCAAGCAUCAUCAUUCUUCUACUUUCUCUCUCACUCACCUUUUGUCUUUAGUCAUCAUCCCCAUUGCAAAAGCUUUGGUGUGUAGGCCUAUGGCACAUCCUUGGUGCUUGCUCUUGGAAUAUCUUCAACAAAUUCUACUAGGCUACAAGAGUAAACCUAUUUAACCCAGAAUACUCAUUAAACUCCCCAAAUAUAUGUAUUCUCUCUUCCAAAUCUUAUUUGGUGCAGUGUAACUAACAAGAAUAAUCCUGGCAUAAUCUUAUUGUUUCUCCCAGCUACAUAGACUUGAUUUAACAUCCACCUCCAAUACUCGGAGCUUCAUUAAAAUGAGAUAGGAGAGACUGAGAUGAAGCACAUGGGGAUUGAGGAAGGAUCCUUGGCUGCUUCAGAGAGCAGACCCAAAAGCCCAGACCGAAGCACCAUGGUACCUAAUUAAACUACAUGUGCUGGAGGGUCUGAGGGGUAUGUUAUUAUGGAUAAUUAGAGGAGUUGGAGAACCUUGGGCAAAGAUGCCAUCAUGUUUCAAAUGAGAGAGAGAGAGAGGUAUGUUCUGGCCUGGUGCUUUGCUUGCCCUCCCUCCUUGGCGCCCUCUCUCAGCUCACUCACGGCCUAUUUGCCCUCUACCACUCCUACAUCCAAAAGGUUCACAUCCAUAUUUAUGUGAUACAGAGGUUUAUGAGCAGCUGAAGGGGUCAGGAUUUCAUUUUUAUUUGACUCUUCUUUGACUGACAUGAUAUUAAAACGAGGUUCCCUCGAAUAAGAGAUGUCUACCUCAGUAGGACCUAGAUAAGAGUGAAUGAAUUAAAUAGCACUAAUAAAAACUUCUCACCUCUCUUUCUCUACUCCACUCCUCUCCUCUCAUCCCCUCUCCUCUCCUCAGGACAUCAACCAGAAACUACAGGAGGACAACCGGGAGCUGAGGGACCUGUGUUGCUUCCUGGAUGACGACCGUCAGAAGGGCAAGCGGGUGUCCAGGGAGUGGCAGCGACUGGGGCGCUACAGUGCCUCCAUCAUGAGGAAGGAGGUGACGUUGUACCUUCAGAAGCUCAAGGAGCUGGAGGUGCGGCAGGACGAGGUGGUCCGGGAAAACCUGGAACUCAAAGAACUCUGUUUGUUACUCGACGAGGAGAAAGCUGGAGGAGGAGGAGGAGGAGGUGGUGGAGGGGUGGGGGUUGGUGGAGGAGGAGGAGGGGGAGGUUGUGGGGUGGGGGUGGUAGGAGGGUGUAGGAAUUCUAUCGAUAGCCAGAGUAGUUUGUUGCUGGUCCCCGGGACAGGGUUGUUGAUGAGGGACGUGGGGGAUGGGAGUAGUACGUCUAGCGCGGGGAGCGCCGACAGCUCCGAUCACCCCCACCACAAGCAGCUCCACCUGGCUACACACGCCGGUGGCCUCGGGGGCGGUGGAACUGGGAGCCCGGAGAAUCUCCAAAAACCCAGGGGUGGCAGUGUGAGUGGAGAACGUGAGAUCCCCUCCAGCCCUGAACCUCCUCACCCCCAGGGCAGGCACCGUAGCACCAGCCUGGAGUAUCCAUACGCCAUGCCCCAGCCCUGCCGGCCCCGCUGCGGCUCCAUCUCCGUGCCCGACCACACCCACAGCGGCCGCUCCAUGCGGGGGCUCAGCCCCGAGAAGUAUGGCCGCAACCUGGGGCGCCGGAGCCCCGAGUCCCAGCACCCAUCCACCAAGCACCACUACCUCCACGGCUCCGACCUGCUUCUCUCCCAGAAACAGCAGCACCUCCUGGGGUCGGGUCAGGGCGGCAGCGCCGGGGAGCUCUACCAGAGGCACCACAGGGGGAGCAUCGGGGGCAGUAGCUGCUGUGGAAGCCCCGAGCCCAGACAGGCACAUCUAGGGUUGGGGACGCCCGAGCUCCAGCAGCACCAUGAGAAGGGCUGUGUGAUGUCGGCCGGGGGCAGUCCAGAGACUCACAGGCACCAGUAUAGUGUGAGUCCGGACCACAUGAAGUUCGGCAGCCCUGGGAGAGAGGUACUGAAGAGACCGGCCACCGCUGAAGAGCUGUCACCGCAUCACCGGAGCAUCUACAACGGCAUGAACGGUAGGUGUUAUAAGACUGUUAUAAGACUGUUAUAAGGACUGUUAUAAGGACUGUUAUAAGGCGUGUGUAUAAGGUUACAGGCACACUGGUUUGUGUCAAGAACUGCAACGCUGCUGGGUUUUUCACUCUCAACAGUUGUCUGUGUGUAUCAAGAAUUGUCCACCCCCCAUCGGACAUCCAGCCAACUUGACAUAACUGUGAGAAGCAUUGGAGUCAACAUGGGCCAGCAUCCCUGUGGAAUGCUUUCGACACCCCGACGAAUUGAGGCUGUUCUGAGGGCAAAAGGGGGGCAUGCAACUCAAUAUUAGGAAGGUGUUCCUAAUGUUUGGUAUGCUCAGUGUACAUUUCUACACUGUAUGCACACAUCACAUAUACCUGUGCAGACAGUCAAUACCAAAGACAUCUCCAUUUUUAAUUAGCUAUGUGGCUCAUAAAAGUAAUAAAAAACAAUAUUUUCUCAAAGAAAUAGAGAGACAGAGAAAAAGAAAGAGAUGGAGAGAUGUAGUAAACUGAUGUAAUUAAAUUGGAAAAACUGACAAGACUCCCCGUUGCUGUGAUUAGAAUCCAUUAGAUUUGUAUAACCAUAUCUGUGGAGAUAUUGGGUGGGAAUUGAAGAUUGCUGGGAAAAGAGGCUUGAUAUGAAUGAGGUUGAAUGAAGCUUGGAUGUUUCUAAUGGAAUCCCAGGCGGCUCCAAAUCAACUGCACUUAAAGGCACACUGAGGUGUAGGGUAGUAAGACGUCCAAGUAAUAAGUCAUUCCCCUAACUUCCCCUUCCACCUCCUUUACCGCCCCCACUUCAAUUAUUCCACUAGCAUACUUCCUCGUUCUGCCAAGUCUGCGGUGGUUUCCACCCAUCUCAUUGGGAGAUCAGCAGGGCUUAGGGUGUCAGGGAGAUUGGGAGAAUAUCAAAGUACCCCCUUGGCUGGUGUUUGAAUACCCCACGGUGGCUGAUGAUGAUUUCUCUAGCUGAGGUAAAAGUGCUGAGUGGCUUUGCUUGGCACAGAGAGAGAGAGGGGAGGAGGAGAGACGGAGGGAGGAGAGAAGGAGAGAGAGGGGUAG